AUGAGACAGCAUAGAUGUGCAGCAAUAGCUGCAUUGGUGGCCUCAGCCAGUUCCGCGUCAAUCUCUCGUCGUGCCACAUCCCUUGCUGAUGUUUGUACGGUGUCAAACGUGCAAGCUGUCCUGCCUUCGAACGGAACAAUCCCCGGAAUCAACACUAUACCAUUAUUGGUGACGGCAAAUGCAGUCUACAACUCUUCUUCGGGCUCAGCAGGUGGCGUGGGUAUGGGCUCGGGCGGAGGUACCUCGACGAAUUAUCCUUACUGCAAUGUCACUGUCACGUAUACGCAUCCAGGCAAGGACGACAACGUUGUCGUCAAGUACGCCUUUCCACAGCCUUCCGAUUUCAAGAACCGCUUCUACGUAGCUGGUGGUGGAGGAUAUUCAUUGUCUAGCACUGCAACAGGCGGUCUCCAGUACGGCGCAGUUGGAGGAGCUACCAGUGCAGGCUAUGACGCGUUCGACAACAGUUACGACGAUGUGGUUCUGACUGGAAAUGGCUCUAUCAACUGGGAUGCUACUUACAUGUUCGGGUAUCAGGCACUCGGUGAGAUGACUGUUCUCGGUAAAGCCUUGACCAGCAGUUUCUACGCUUUGGUCAGCAGCGCCAAGGUCUACACGUAUUACGAAGGUUGUUCAGAUGGCGGACGUGAAGGUAUGAGCCAAGUUCAACGAUGGGGAGAAGAGUACGAUGGUGUUAUUGCUGGUGCACCUGCCUUCCGCUACGCUCAGCAGCAAGUCAACCAUGUCUUUUCCUCCAUGGUUGAGCAAACUCUGGACUACUACCCACCGCCGUGUGCAUUGGCAAAGAUCGUCAACGCGACAAUUGCAGCUUGUGAUCCUCUCGAUGGAAGAACAGAUGGUGUCGUAUCUCGAACAGAUUUGUGCAUGCUCAACUUCAAUCUGAGCUCAAUCAUUGGCGAGUCAUACUAUUGUGCGGCACAGGAGAGUACUUCCCUUGAGUUUGGAUUCAGUAGUGGUGGUCCUCCUACCAAGCGUCAGGUAGGAGGAGCACAAGGCAGCACGAGUAGUUAUCAGCCAGCACAGAAUGGUACUGUAACUACCGAGGACAUUGCUGUGGCUCAAGCUAUUUAUGAUGGCCUUCACAAUUCUGAAGGUCAACGGGCGUACCUUUCCUGGCAGAUUGCCUCGGAGUUCAGCGAUGCUGGCACCACAUGGAAUAACGCUACUAAGUCAUGGGAGCUCAGUAUACCCUCUACUGGCGGAGAAUUCGUCACCAAGUUCGUCCAGCUGGUCAAUGCUACCAAUCUAUCGAACCUCGACAAUGUCACCUAUGACACAUUAGUCGGAUGGAUGGAAAUCGCUUACGACAGGUAUCUUGACAGUUUGCAGACUACGAUUCCAGAUUUGACGACCUUCCAAUCCUCCGGAGGAAAACUCCUUCAUUACCAUGGCGAGUCCGAUCCUAGCGUUCCUGCUGCAUCAUCUGUGCAUUACUGGCAAUCAGUCCAAUCGAUCAUGUACAGCAACAUGUCGUCCAAUGCCAGUCUUGAAGCUCUCCAAAACUGGUAUCAGCUCUAUUUGGUCCCAGGUGCCGCUCAUUGCGGUGCCAAUUCGCUACAGCCAGGACCAUACCCACAAGAUAAUAUGAACACCAUGAUCGACUGGGUUGAGAAUGGCGUGAAACCAAGCCGCUUGAAUGCAACUGUAUCUUCCGGCGCAAAUGCAGGAGAAACUCAAAUGUUGUGCCAAUGGCCGACUCGUCCUUUGUGGCAAAAUAACAGCACGGAUUUCGAUUGUGUCACUGACGAGGCGUCUAUCGAUGCAUGGACGUACACCUUCCCUGCAUUCAAAGUGCCAAUAUACUGA